UACGGUAGUGAUGGCGGCGCUCAGUGAGACUUUCCUGUCACUGGAUACUACUACUCCCAGCCCUCCUCAAAGCCGCCGGAGCAACCCCCAGGUCUUUAAUUUACAAGUAGCAAUUUGACUUGCUCUGCUGCAUGUCAGGUGGGAGCUUGGAAAGUGUGGAGAAGCCCCGGGGAUUAAGCGAUCGCAGCUUAAAAAGAAAAAAAGCCAAGCAAAUAAACAAAACCCACCCACCCUAACAAACAUGAGGCUGCUGGAGAGAAUGAGGAAAGAGUGGUUCAUGAUUGGAAUAGUACUGGCGAUCGCGGGAGCAAAGCUGGAGCCGUCCAUAGGGGUGAAUGGGGGACCCCUGAAGCCAGAAAUAACUGUCUCCUACAUUGCUGUCGCAACAAUUUUCUUUAACAGCGGACUAUCAUUAAAUACAGAGGAGCUGACAAGUGCUUUGGUGCAUAUAAAACUACAUCUUUUUAUUCAGAUCUUUACACUUGCAUUCUUCCCAGCAGCAGUAUGGCUUUUUCUUCAGCUUUUAUCAAUCACACCCAUCAAUGAAUGGCUUUUAAAAGGGUUGCAGACAGUAGGUUGCAUGCCUCCCCCUGUGUCUUCUGCGGUGAUAUUAACCAAGGCAGUUGGUGGGAACGAGGCAGCUGCAAUAUUUAAUUCAGCCUUUGGAAGUUUUUUGGGCAUCGUUGUCACGCCCCUGCUACUGCUGCUUUUUGCAGAUGCUUUACCGUCUGAGCCGCCAGGGAAGCCAAGGUGACUGGUGUCCUUAAAGAAGACGAGUCAGAGACCCACAGGGAGAAUGCCAUGUCAUGAUGGAGGCAGAGAUUAGAGUGAUGCAUCUGCACGCCAAGGAGCACCAGGGGUUGCCAGCAAACUUCAAAAGCUAGAAGAGACAAGGAAGAAUUCUCUACGGAUUUAAGAGGGACCACGGUCUUGCUUGAUUUCAGACCUACAGUUUCCACAACUGUGAAGCAAUACAUUUCUGUUUUUUUAAGCCACCCGGUUUGUGGUGUUUUGUUACGAAAGUAAAAAAAAAACUAAUACAGCCCAUGAAAAUUGAAUUGUCUUUUUAUCAUCAUUAGAAAUGGGAAUUUCUAGAUAGUCAGGCACAGUAGCUAGUAAAAGCCAUUUUUGCUGAUGGAAUCUCAGUUGUCUGUAUUCUCAAUAUCUUCUCAGAAUGUUCCUGUUACUACCUUACUCCAAUUGAAUGCUGUCUUCUGAUUCAUGUUUCUGCUGCUGGCACCUUUCAUAUUACUGAGCCUUAAAGGGGAAUAAGGUGUCUUUCUUGCACCUCAUUACCAAUUCCAGAUCACUUCUCAUGCCUUCUCCAUAAAAUCCCCUACUACCUUUAAAGGUAAUGCUGUACACCUAUAGUACCUUCUGCUGCUUCUUGUAAACUGUCAGUGGAAUGCUAGGUCAUGCUCUAAGAGUCUAGAAAAAUGUUUGCACCUUUCCAUUGUCCCUUUUUUAACAGUACACUUGGAUUGACUCUAGGUGUUUUCAAUAUUCACAUGGUUGACCUAUCCAAUACGUUGGCCUCUAAAUUCUUGACCCCUUCUCCAAUUAGAUUGCCUUCCAUUUAAUCCCAGCCAGUCAUCUCUGCAGUCAGACCCUUGACUUAUUAGCUGCCAAUAACAGCGUCCUUCCAUAAUCCUAUUUUCAAAUAUCUUCUCCUACUGACACCUCCUAUCUUUGUAACUUACUCCACAAAUUAAGAAUUCUUCAAACUUGCCAGAAGGGCCAGUUUAUUUACCUUAUCACCUUCACAAUGCUUCUAGCAAAUCCGCCCUACCUCACCCUCUUAUCCUCACAUUCCAUCUGACCAAGCGUGGAUCUCAUGGUUCAUCACUGUAAUUACUUUGUUACAUCCACCAUCAACAACCUUGCUCAUCUCGUAUUGCUUCCUGUUUGCCUGGCAAGUGCCAAGUCUGCUUAAAUCCAACUUUAGACCUUUUUGUAUUUAUACCUGAACACACUGGAGCACCCACUCUCAUGCUGACUGGUCUCAUUCGAAAUUCAUGACAACUAAUUGUAAAUGAGCCCGGCAGUCCUACUCCCUUCCCCUAAUUAACAGACAUUCCCACUCUCUAGAGAAUCAUUUCACACCUUCUCAAAUCUCCAUUGCCUCUUUUCUUUUUUCAUCUCAACUGAUGCAAAAAGGAAAUUAACUGAUGAAGAAGUCAAAAGCAAUCAGACAAAUUUAUAAGAUCCCAUCCAUUUGUGUCUAUAUUCUUCACCUUCUCUCCUCUUUCUGUGGAUGAAUGAUCUUUGCUUCCAUCUAAGGCUAGUCCCUCCAGUUGUGCCAUCCCUUUUCCUACUUGACAACAGGAGCUACACAGAUUUCCCUCCUUCUCCUAUGUCGUUAAAUUUUCUAUCUCUUCUGGAUCAUUUCUAUGUGCAUGUAAGCAUUCUGUCAUAUUACACAUCUCAAAAAUUAAAUUUCACCCUAUCCUAUGUGCACUGCACUUCUGUGACCUCUUUUAUAACCCAGUUCCUCCAAAAAGCUAUUUAAACUUACUCAUCACUCAUUCAGUAGUAUGUGUUGAGUUCUUCCAAUAUACCAGACACUUUCCUGGGUGCCAAGUAUAUAGCAAUGAGCAAAACAGGUAUAUCUUUGCUUUAAUAGAGGAUAUAUACUGGGUUUCCCAGGUGGUGCUAGUGGUAAAGAACCCUCCUUCCAAUACAGGAAACCUAAGAGACACAGG